AUGUAUGAAUAUGACUUUGAGCUUGCACCUCACUUGGUAAGGCGAAAGGCGUUCAUCUCUACAGCAUUUGAAAGCCAGGGUGAUAGAACUGAUCGCUAUGGGGAAGUAUCGUUCCUCGCAGCUUUAGAUUCAGAUCCAGGCCUCCAUACGCCGCAUAUGCUACACUGCCUUGCAGACAUUUCCCGUUCUGCUCCUCGACAAGAGGAUAGGAUCGAUAGCAUGGCGUCCAAAAUCCACGCUUCUCGAACUGGUUCAACAAAAGUGCUGUAG